GGUUGUCUCCGGUCGUUCUGUGGACGCCUGCUGUGGGGAGGAAGGACACUCUGGCAGCUGCGGGCUCCACCACAAGGAAGAGAGGGAGGCACGCAGGAUGUUGGACUUCUCGCAGUACAGUCUGUCUGGUGCGGUUGCCUCCUUCUUCUUCAUCCUGCUGACCCUGAAGCCUCCAGAUGACUUCAGAGUGACUGGUCCUUCCCAUGCUAUUGUGGCUAUGGUGGGGGAAGAGGCCCUACUCACCUGUCAGCGCCUUCCAAGAAGACUGCGGUGCACACGGAGGUGAGGUGGGUACCACUCAGAGCCCAGCGCACCUGUAAUUGCAUACCGGGAUGGAGGUGGGAUGACUGAGGUGCAGAAGGAGGAGUACCAAGGCCGAGUCGAGUGGAUAGAAGAUGGCAUCGCAGAGGGACGUGUGGCUCUGAAGAUACACAGCAUCCAGGCUUCCGACAACGGGCAAUACUGGUGCCGUUUCCAAGAGGGCAACUAUUAUAGUGAAACAAGCUUGCUGCUCAAAGUAGCAGGCCUGGGGUCGGCCCCACGGAUCCACAUGGAGUGGCCUGUGGGGGGUGGAGUGCAGCUUGUGUGCACUGCAAAGGGCUGGUUCCCGGAGCCGCAGGUGCGCUGGGAGGAUGGCCAGGGAGAGCAGCUGCUGUCUGUCUCCGAGCAUCACAUCCAAGAUGAACAUGGUCUGUUCUACGUGGAAGCCACCCUUGUGGUCAGGGAUGCCUCCGCAGAGACCGUGUCCUGCCUCAUCCACAACCCUGUCCUCAGCCAGGACAAGGCGUCUGUCAUCGCCCUCCCAGAGAAACUCCAGUCUGAGAUGGCUUCCCUAACAGUGAUUGGGCCUUCCCAUCCCAUCCUUGUCAGGGUGGGAGAAGAUGUGGAGUUAACCUGUUACCUGUCCCCCAAGGUGAAUGCACAGAACAUGGAGGUGAGGUGGGUCCGAUCCCACCGCUACCCCGCUGUUCAUGUGUAUGUGGAUGGGGACCAUGUGGCUGGAGAGCAGAUGGUGGAAUACAGAGGGAGGACUGCUCUGGUGGGUGAUGCGAUCCACGAGGGGAGACUGACACUGCAGAUACAUGGUGCCAGGACUUCAGAUGAUGGGCAGUACCGGUGCCUUUUUGAAAUUGAUGAUGUCUACCAGGAGGCCAGCAUGGAUCUGAAGGUGGUAGGAGUGGGCUCUUCCCCACUGAUCACCAUGGAAGGACUGAAGGAUGGAGACGUGCAGCUGAUGUGCACUUCGGACGGGUGGUUCCCACAGCCCCUUGUGCAGUGGAUGGACAGACAGGGAGAGGCAAUGCCGUCGUUUUCUGAGGCCCUGAGUCAAGACAGCCGUGGGCUGUUCCAUGUGGAGACGGCUUUAUUGGUGACAAGGAGCUCCAUUGUGAACGUGACUUGUUCCAUCAGCAACCCCCUUUUGGGUGAGAGGAAAACAGCAUCCUUUUCUUUCUCAGAGUCCAGGAUGAAUUUGUUGUGGAUCAUACUGCUUAUGUUGGGAUUGCUUCUUGUUGUGGCUGUAGGCCUGAGUAGGAGGAAGAGCCGUAAGAAAGCAGAUGUGAUACCAGAUCUAAAUACAGCACAUUCAAGAUUGAUUGAUUCUGAGGAAACCACGGAUAUGACCCAUGGACAUUUGAACAGCCAGAUACCCAACAGAGAUCUGACUACCUGCUCCUCGUGCAGGGCCAGGAGGCACACAAGCCAGGGAGGCGGGACUGAGAGGUGGAGGGUGAGAACAGGAGAGGAAAGCUCCCCAGUGUUGUAAAGGAAGAUGUUGUGAGGAAAGGCAUCACCUCUGUGUCACCUGAGACUGAGGUCUAUUGCAGUGGAUCAUUAUGGAAAUGAGGACUGGGAGGCCAGCAUUGUGGUGCAGUGGGUUCAGCUGUAGCUUGCAAUGCUGAUGUCCCAUAUCAGAAUGCUGGUUGGAGUCCUGGCUGCUCCACUUCUAAUCCAGCCCCUUGCUAAUACACCUGGGAAGGCAGCAGAGCAUGGCCCAUGUGCCUGGGUCCCUUCCAUCUACAUAGGAGACCUGGUUGGAGUUCCAAACUCCUGGGGUCUGUCUGUCCCAGCCCUGGCUGUUGCAGCCAUUUGGGGAAUAGAACAAGGUAUGAAAGAUGUGUCUCUUUUUUUUCUCUUCAUACAUGCACACACACAUGUAUACAUAUAUCCUCCCUCUCUCCUUUUCAAAUAAGUAAAUAAAUAUAUUUUUUAAAAAGGAAGUGCAUACUGAGCCAUCAUCCAUUCUCCAAAUCUCUGCGUGAAAGUGGUUCAUGGAUCAGAACGUCCAUGGGUCAGAAUCUCCUUGACUAGAUCUCAAACACCUCUCCUCGCACAACAUGACCAACAUACACCACAUCUGCACCUGCCCCAAACCUUCCUGCUCUGGGGCUCCGCAUUCUCUGGUAUGCCGAUGGAGGUUCUCCAGAGUAUUUCAUAGACUGAGGAGAGCCUCUUCAACAACCUUGGAAUCUGGAAAUCAGGGUUGCAUUCUGAUUCCCAGAUGUAUUUCUCCUGUUACCAACGGCUUGAAAGGGGCUUGCGUGAUCAUCAAGGAACUGAGAGUGCUUUACCCUCACUCCAGCCGCCAACAUGAUCCAAGGCUGAUCCUGCCAGGGAUAUGUCCUAGUUCAAGCUCUGUGAUACCCACCUACUGAUCACAAUCUGACAUCUGAUUAGCUGCACAACCUCUCUUUGCCUCAGUUUCCAUAUCUAGCAAUCGGUUAAUGAUAUUGCAUCCCUUAUGAACUUAUAUUUGAGACUGGCUCACAAUGGAUCCAUGGCUCCUUCUGUCCCUCCUUGCUUGUCUGUAAAUAACAGACCCACUUCGCAUACCCUCUUGUGUGUGUGUGUGUGCCCCAUCUCACCGGGCACAGAUAAGCAGGUAACCAGUGCAUGGUGAACUUAGACAGUAGCCCAUAUUGCAAUGGGUGUGAGAAUAUGGAGUAUAUGUAUUAUUCUUCCACAAGUGUUUACAUAUUUAUUUUAUUUAAAAAAUUUCAAUUCAGUAAAAUAAGUACAAUUCAUCAUUUGGAUCAUUUUAAAGCAUGCAAUUUAGUACUAUUCCAUAUAUUCACAAUGUUGUACAACCGCCAUCGUUAUUUUGUUGGAGAAUAUCUUCAUCAUCCCCUAAAGGAAACUCCAUACCCACUAAGCAGUUGGUCCUCAGUUGUUCUUCCCACCAGCAUCUGGAAACUACCAAUUUACCCUUUGUCUUUAGGAAAUUUUCUAUUCUGGUUAUUUCACAUAAAUGGAAUAACAAAUGUGUAACAGG